AUGUCAACUGGUAAUGCAGUAGUACCUGUAUUAGUUGAUUAUAACCUAUCACAAAUCACUCCAAAUGUAUUUGUUACUGCUGAAAAUACUGCACGACAAUAUCCAAUGAUAUUUUCAAGUGGUAUUAAUUGUGUAAUUAAUGUAGCCGAUGAAUUACCCCAUAUUAUUUUUCCACCCGGUGUUGAAUCAUUAAAAUUUCCUAUAUUAGAUAUUCCAACAUUUCCAGCUUCGCAAUAUUUUGAUAUUGUUGCUGAUCGUAUAGCAGCUAAUACGGCAACAAAUCGACGGACACUUUUAUAUUGUCAUCACGGGCGAUCACGUUCAAUAACAUUUAUUUUAGCUUAUCUUAUAAAACAUCAUCAACUUUCAUUACCUGCAGCAUUUGCACUUGUAAAAGACAAACGACAAAUAGCGCUACCCAAUGUUGGCUUUUGGUCACAAUUAAGAACAUAUGAAUAUUAUCAACGACUACGACAAUAUCCACAAUAUCAACAAAUAAUGAAUCCUAUACCAAUGAUAAAAAAUAUUCCAGAACCGGUAACAUAUGGUCAAGAAGUAUUAAAUAAAUUAUCCGAUGGACUUCAAAAAGUAUUAGCUCGAGAUCCAAUUACGAGUGCAUUUUCAAAUCCAACGCUUCAACGAUAUCGACGAUUAUAUAUGCAAUCAAAUUAUCCUUAUACGCAACGCAAACCAGCACCUUUCAUGACACCAUUUCAUUUUAAACCACAGCAUGGAAUAUAUCAAAAACAUUAA